CCUUUCUCUCUGUUUCCUGCGCACAUUGCCACGUUAUUAGCGGCAGACACAAAAUUCAAGCGACACUUCAGACUGUUAAAGGUGAAAGAAUACCCAACGCGCUAACAGUCUCUCCGGUUUCCAUCACGGUUUCAUUAUUAGCUGGCACGUUUGGAGGUGAUCCGAGAUGCUGAAGUUGUUGGUUGUGUGCGCACUGGCCGCUAUGAUAACGGCUGAUAUCACCGAGGAGGAGGACGUGCUUGUACUGAAGAAAAGUAACUUCGAGGAGGCGCUCAAAACUUACCCAAAUAUCCUUGUUGAGUUUUAUGCGCCAUGGUGUGGGCACUGCAAGGCCCUGGUUCCUGAAUAUGCCAAAGCGGCUGGUAUGCUGAAAGCUGAAGGCUCUGACAUCAGACUAGCUAAGGUAGAUGCCACGGAGGAAGCGGAGCUCGCUCAAGAGUUCGGUGUUCGUGGAUAUCCCACCAUCAAGUUCUUUAAGGGAGGAGAGAAGGACAACCCCAAGGAGUAUUCUGCUGGUCGACAGGCUGAUGACAUUGUCAACUGGCUGAAAAAACGAACUGGCCCCGCAGCCACUACUUUGAGUGAUGUGACGCAGACAGAGUCUCUUAUUGCUGAUAAUGAGGUUGCAGUUAUUGGGUUCUUUAAGGAUGUUGAAUCAGAAGAUGCCAAGGCCUUCGUUAAAACCGCAGAGUCUGUGGAUGACGUACCCUUUGGCAUCACCUCUGAUGAUGCAGUCUUUUCAAAGUUUGAAGUUGCCAAGGAUGGUGUUGUGCUUUUUAAGAAGUUUGAUGAGGGUCGGAAUACUUUUGAUGGAGAGAUCAGCAAAGAAAAUCUGCUGCCCUUCAUCAAGGCCAACCAGCUUCCCCUGGUCAUUGAGUUCACGGAGCAGACUGCCCCAAAAAUCUUUGGAGGUGAAAUCAAAUCCCACAUCCUAAUGUUUGUACCUAAAACAGCCAAAGACUUCCAGGACAAGAUGGACCAAUUUAAGAAAGCAGCAGAGGGCUUCAAAGGCAAAAUUCUCUUCAUCUUUAUUGACAGUGAUGUGGAUGAUAACCAGCGAAUUCUUGAGUUCUUUGGUCUUAAGAAGGAAGAGUGCCCAGCCAUCCGCCUCAUCACCCUUGAGGAAGAGAUGACCAAAUACAGACCAGAAACCUCAGAAAUCACAGCAGAGAACAUUAUCACCUUCUGUACAGCCUUCACAGAGGGGAAACUAAAGCCUCAUCUGAUGAGUCAGGACAUUCCUGAAGACUGGGAUAAGAACCCUGUCAAGGUCUUGGUUGGCAAAAACUUUGAAGAGGUUGCCUUCAACCCUGCCAAUAAUGUCUUUAUAGAGUUUUAUGCCCCAUGGUGUGGUCACUGUAAGCAGCUGGCCCCCAUCUGGGAUCAAUUGGGUGAGAAAUUCAAAGACAACGCAAACACCGUUGUGGCCAAGAUGGACUCCACAGCCAAUGAGAUUGAAUCUGUCAAAGUGCAUAGCUUCCCCACGCUAAAGUUCUUCCCUGCUGGCGAUGACCGUAAGGUAAUUGAUUACAAUGGUGAGAGAACACUAGAUGGAUUCACAAAGUUUUUGGAGAGUGGAGGAAAAGAAGGUGGAGCACCAGCUGGAGAUGAGGAUGAAGAAUCAGAUGAUCUUGAUCUGGAUGAUGCAGAGGAGGAUGAUUCUGAUGUGGAAGAGGGACACGAUGAGUUAUAAGAGUCAGGAGGAAAAGGCGAGACAAAACCCUUCACCACCACCACCUCCACUUUAAACCUCCCUGUCUGUGAACACUAAAGCUUUUCCUAACUAAUCGUACAGCCACUGGGCGUUACAGGGUCCUUUGUCAGCCAGUACUGUCAUUACCACCCUGGCCAACCAUCUGCAGCCCAGAGAAGUGUCUCUCUACCCACAACAAUGAUCUCUUUGAAGUGUUUUAUUUUACAGGGAUUUCUGGCAUUAAACUAUCUAGUUUUUAGGUUCAAUUGUAAUGGUAAUCUGUUUAACUUUUUCUGUCCCCCAACUCCAUUUAUGAUCCUGGGACUAUGAUUUUGCAGCUUAAUACUAGUAAUACUCUACCCAUGAAGGAGGGGGGAGGCUAGUUAUUCUGCCUUGAUUCUGUUAUUUGAAUGAAAGGACAUUUCAGGGCAGAGGGGCUGUAUGUUGAUGUUCAUGGGGUGGAAAUACAAUUAUUAUAAUGGGCUGCCAUUACAGUGCAUGCAGAACUUAGCUGAGAACAAACUAAGGUACCUUCCCUGUUCCUUUACUGUCAAACCACAUUGUCAUUUUCUAUAUUUUUCAAAAUCUUUAACACCUGCUACUGAAUUAUUUUAAAAAAUGUAAAAGUGGAGAACUUGUUUUAUUUAAUUUUAUAUUUCAAUGAUUUUCAUUUUUAUAACCUUGCAUACUGAAGGGCCCAGAAACAGCACUUUUUUUUCUUUUUUCUUUUUUUUAAACCUGGGGCAGAGUUGGCCCUCUCAGCUUUCUGGUCAUCUGGGAGGAUGAUUUGAAACCUUUUUUGCACUUCAUUGAGUGCCAUCAGAGAUUCCAUAUCAGUUAAUGAAAUGGCAAAGAUUUGUCAUCUUGUAAGGACAACUCAUCUCCCAUACCCUUCCUGCUUUCCAUCUUUAGUGGAAGAUUCAUUCAUUGCCGGUUGACAACGUCUGAGUGGUCAGCUUGACGGGGAGGAGAAAGUGUGCUUGUAACCAGCUUAAUCAGUCUUUUCCCCUUAUGUCAGGGUUAUGAGUGUGUGAUUUGGUUAACCCUCAUGUUGUCUGUCUUUAUUUUUCUAGGAGGGGUGAAUUUCAUGGGGUGACAUUUGAAGAAAGGGGUGGUUUGGUAAUUAUAUUGGGAGGAAUUUGGGUUUUGAAACAUGUUUGAGAUCAAGCAUUCCAUUGCAUUUAAAUUGACUGAUAAAGUAAACUGGUGGCCAAAUAAACAACAAAAUGGUGAUAAA